CGCUGCCGCUACAACCGACCGCGCGCUGGCUCGGCUAGCAAGCGAGGAAGAGGCUAGACAGAAAUGGCGCUGACGGCGAGGCGAACAGCAUGAAGUGCUGAUGCAUUACAUGGAUCAAAACUUACGAUUGCCAGGACAGCGUUGGAAAAAUGACAAUGACGUCGAAGUAGGACACCGUUUGUAACUGUCAUUACAAACCUACAACACCUUCCCGGGGGAGUUUUCAUCUUGUCAGCGGAGGAGAGAAAAUCUCACCGGGAGCAUGGCUUCUUACAGCAACCAGUACAUCUUCGGGGAAUUCAGCCCUGAUGAGAUCAAUCAGUUUUUUGUGACUCCACGAUGUUAUGUCGAGCUUCCUCCGUUCAAUGACAAAGUACCAUGCGUCACUCAGUCUUCUGGAAGUUACUGCACUCCUGCUGUACCUUAUAUUAUGGAGUCUAUGGGACUGCAGGUUUGCGCAGAAGACUAUCAGCGCAUUGAGUUUGGCGUUGACGAGGUGAUGGAUUCCAAGCCUAUUGGGGUGAAUGAUCCUUUAUACAAGGUGUCGAGCACCCUCAACCCCCAGGCUCCAGAGUUCAUCCUGGGCUGCCAGUCGACCCAGAAGGCCCAACAGACAGCUCCUCCAGCAGCUGAUGUGCCUGAUGGAGCCCACUUCAACUCGCUGGAUGGCCCUGACUCGGAGGCCUCAGCUCUGGACAAUCACCAGGCCUGCCAGGACAUCGAUGGACUCCCUGGCAGCCUGGGACAGCGAGAGAGAAAGAAAAAGAAAAAGCGACCGCCUGGGUAUUACAACUACCUGGACCCAUCAACUGGCAGCAGCAACAACAGCAGCAGUGCAGCAGAUGGGACGCCUGUGACAGCACUGGUGAACGGACAUGCACUCGGUGGCCCACACCACAGUGCUGAAGAUGUGGACGGUAAGGCGUUGUCAGGGGCUGAACUUUCGACCCCUGGGUCUGUCUCGGCGGCAACAUCAACAGCUGCUGUGGCAGCAGCCAAGUUUGUCCCUACAUCCACUGCCAAUCAGAGGACUUGUGAUAGCCCUGAUGACUCUUCUUUGGAAUUAACAAGUGGAGCUGCCUCUUUAUCAGAUGGCAACAAUGCAACUUCCUCCUCUUCAUCCUCCUCUCAAAGCAGAGGGAUGACAGAGGGACCGAGGACUGCAGAUCAGCAGCCAGAUAAUUUUGCUCCACAGAGCCCCGAACUUUCAGAUACUCCACACAGCCCCCGCUCCAAAUCACCUUCUCCACGUCCUUCAGCUGCUGCGGCCGUCUUCUGUGUCGCCACUUCCAUUGUGACUACUGAACUGGAAGGAAGGGAGCUGGCAGACAGUGGGGUGGCCAAUGGGCUAGCAGAGCCUGAUACUCCCGUCAGCACAGAUGGACAAAAAGAAGACUGUGAGAGUGGGGAGCAGGCUCAGCAGGUCUCCCCUGACUCUGCUGCCCAACUGGUAGUGACAGAGCAGGCCCAUUCACCUGCGAUUCCAGCUGCCCCUUCUGCCAACCUCCCCAAAUCUUGGGCUAGCCUCUUCCACAACUCUAAGCCUCUGCCUGGGGGCCCUCAGGCCUUUGUGGAGGUAAAGAAUGUUGUGGAAGUUGUGUCUCCCUCCCUCGCUACGCCAGAGCAGCCUGAGAAAGUUGGGGAGGUCAGAGAUGGCCCUGUCCACGUAUCAGAGGAUCCUAUGGCCCCUAAACUUGCAGAACUUAUUGAGAAUGUGAAGUUGAUACAUAAACCAGUGUCUUUGCAGCCGAGAGGACUGAUCAACAAGGGAAACUGGUGCUAUAUCAACGCUACCCUACAGGCCCUGAUCGCAUGCCCUCCCAUGUAUCACCUGAUGAAGUCCAUUCCUCUGCAUAACGAAACGCAGAGACCAUGUACCUCCACACCCAUGAUGGACAACUUUGUAAGACUGGUAAAUGAGUUCAACAACAUGCCUGUGCCAUCCAAAGCCAAACAGCAAGCUGUUGGUGAUAAGGUCAUGAAAGACAUUCGGCCCGGUGUACCUUUUGAACCAAACUACAUUUAUAGACUCCUCACUCUCAUCAAGUCAAGUCUCUCUGAGAAGGGUCGACAAGAGGAUGCGGAGGAGUAUCUUGGCUUCACUCUUAAUGGAUUGCAUGAGGAGAUGCUAGCAUUGAAAAAACUAAUCUCGCCUCAGGAAGAGAAAGCUCCCACGCCCAACGGGCCAGAGUCCCAGCCAGGUGUGGAGGAAGAUGUUGCCGAUAAGGAGGAAGAAGGUAGUGAGGACGAGUGGGAGCAAGUUGGCCCCAGAAACAAGACUUCCAUCACUCGCCAAGCUGACUUUGUCCGCACACCCAUCACUGAUAUAUUUGGUGGCCACAUAAGAUCGGUUGUCUAUCAACAAAACUCUAAAGAGUCAGCAACUCUGCAGCCUUUUUUUACCCUGCAACUGGACAUCCAGUCAGAGAAGAUCCGCACUGUCCAGGAGGCUCUAGAAACCUUGGUGGCACGAGAGUCAGUCCAGGGCUACACUUCUAAAACCAAGCAGGAGAUUGAGAUCAGUCGGAGGGUGACUCUGGAAGAGCUGCCCCCUGUGCUCGUGCUCCAUCUCAAGAGAUUUGUUUUUGAAAAGACUGGAGGCUGCCAGAAACUGACCAAGAACAUUGAAUACCCCGUUGACCUGGAAAUCAGUAAAGAUCUCUUGUCCUCUGGAGUGCGGAGCAAAGUUGUGAAAGGCCAAAGAACUUACAGGCUCUUUGCGGUUGUCUAUCACCAUGGGAACAGUGCGACAGGCGGUCACUACACCACGGAUGUCUUCCACAUUGGUCUUAACGGCUGGCUGCGCAUUGAUGACCAGACAGUGAAGGUCAUCAACCAGUACCAGGUGGUGAAGCAGACUGCAGAGCGCACCGCCUACCUGCUGUACUACCGCCGCGUCGACCUGCUGUAGACACACGCGCGCAAACACACACACCAACACAUGCGCACACACACACACACACACACACACACACACACAUGCGCACACACCAACACACACGCAGGAAUACACAGAUCUAUUCACAAACGCACAUAAAAACAUACAUGCUCAAAAUGCACUUGUUGACAUUACAGUACAUCUACACGUGACACAAACACACACCAAACUAAUGAACAGGAACACUGCCCAACUUGUUCUCUUGCAAGAUUUUCCUCUUCUUCCCUCCUGUCCCCGCUUUCCUGAAAACCAGCUUUUCCAACACCUUUUUCCUUGUCUCUUUUUUCUUUUUGGAAGAAGAGAAACAAGCUGCAUUCACAAAGAUUUCCCUGUGACUGCUCUCUCUUCUCUGUGCACCACUGCUGUGUUUUUUUUUUUUUUUGUUGUCCUUUUUUGUUUUACUUUUAAAGCAACAAGGAAGGACUGUUGAAUAGACGGAGGUGGGGGUUGGGGUUACAGGUCAGGACCUGAGACUCACCUCUGGCUGAGCCCACAGCUCCGCACAGAUAGCAAACCGUGGACUCGCGAGCGCACACACACACAAAGGAAGAACUAUCUACCACAGGCUGCAAGUGGACUGCUGGGGUUAUUUCUCUUGUUUGAAUAACCUUUUUAAGGAAAUGACCCAGAAAUAUCAGUGUUUGCCUUUUAGUAAAGGAGAACUGUUGACCUAAUGAAUUUGCAGCAGUUUAAAAGCCUAUUUGAAUUUGUCCUAGUGCAUUGAAAAGGCCCAGCACCAGCAUUAUCAUGAGUCUCUCCUCCCAAGGCCAGAUCGUCCUCUUCUCUGCCACCGACACCAACAACUCCUCCUCCUCCAUUUCCUCACUUUUACGAUGCUUUUAAAUCUAGGUACAACUUGAGCCAUCAAAAACAGGGAAAAUAAGAUAGGUGGUACAUUGAAUGGGAACUGAACAGCUUCCUUGUUUGAGAGAUCCUUGUUACGGUAUCUGGGUUUAGAUUUAGAGAGACUAUCUAAAAAAAAAAAAAUAUUAAUGCGCUUUAGAAUUUAAUAACAAAUAAGCUUCUGUGCACAAGGUAUAAACUGAUUGAUGAUUACAAUAUGACAGGCAAAUGCAUAUUUUGCAAAUAUUUAGAUUAAAAUGUAAAAAAAAAAACUAAAAAUAUAAAAAUCUAGCUGACUGAAAACUCGUUUGGGUCCUAAAGGACUGCGCUAGUUUUUAAACUCAGUUCUUGCACUGGAGAGAUGGCAACCAAUCAAGACAGAUUCCACUGCAAAACCUGCCCUUGUUUACUUUGUACAUUUCCUUCGUACAUUUCCUUCUCUAUCCAUUCAUUUUUUUUUUUUGUCUUUUACUUGUCGAAAGGUUCCACCUGUGUAUAGGUGGCUUAUCUGUGUAGUUUUGAGCCACACCACCCCUCUUACCCCCCAACUCAGCAGAAAGUGGGGGCUGCCUUAGGUUCAAUGUGUGAUGUUUUUCCACUCAGUGUACGAGUCUAACCCUAAUCAGGCACCAACAGCAAGUCUAAUGUCUGUGAAGAGUUAGGGGAAUGUACCUGACACCUAUGUAUUUACUCUUUUGUGGCUCAGAAUUUCCUCCUAGUCGAGGAAGUCUGAGUGUUGAGGGGAAGUGGGACUACAUCUGUGCUAAGGUCUGCAUAAAGACCCCGGACAUGUGCACAAAAGGAGAUAGUGUUUGCUUUUUUGUUGAAGAUAUUGAUUUUUGGAUCAUUCAUUGAUUGUGAUGAUUUUUGUUUGAGUUACUAAACGAUCUUAGUUUUUUUCUCUUUUUUUUUUCUUUUUGUCAUUGAUCAUUUAUUGGAUGUCCCCAUGCUCUCGCUCCCUUCAAAAAAAUAUGCUUGCAUUUGAAUUGGUGUUUGAAAAGAAAUUACACAGGCUAAAGCACAACAUUGAAUAAAAUUGAACUAGUUCUUUGCUUGAUAUUUAUUUCCAUUUUGUCAUUUUCUCUUUUUAUAAUUUUUUUUUUUUUUUUUUUGCUCGACCCAUUUCAUUCCAACCGCCAGUGUCAGAAUCUCAGUAUUAACACUUCACAAAAUGUAAUCAGCUCAAGUAUUUGUACGUGAUUUAGGCUUGUGUACUUUUAUCCACAAAAGUCCUCCUUUUUGUCUCAGACUUCACUUUCUCACACAUAGUUGUCCAUCAGUUAAAACGAGGUACACAGGCGAGAAGGUGAUCGUCCCACGUUUUCCUGCUUCAGAUCAAGGAGAUGGUGCAGUGUAUUUUAAUAGCUGUGCAAGCAUUUAACAAGUACCAUACGGUACUUGAUUGUGAGUUCACAAAGACUGAUUAAGUUUAGUCAUUCAAAUUUGAAAUUCAGUUUAAGUCAGAUUUUUACCCAAAUUACACAAUUUCACAUUAGAUUUAAAUAAUUUUUACCUUCUAUGUGAUAUAACAUCAUUAUGUGGUGCACAGUCUCAAUUGAAUUUUUCUUGUCGGUUUCAAAGUGAGAAACCUUUCCCAGAUAAACCAAAGGAUGACAUUAUAUAGGCCCCUACUGCCUUUCCUUCAGUAUUCAAACUUUACUUUGCCUUCUCCAUCCAAUGUCUUGUAGCCAUGUCUCGUCACAGUCCACGACUCAUUCCACGCAGGAAUCUGAGGCAUGCUGUUUUAUCUUCAUCAUAACUUUAAUGAUAGUUCAGUUGUGCUGCUGGCUUUGUAGUCAUUUCUGCACAAAUUGUGACAUUUGUUGCAUAUUUUCUUUCCCCUUUUUGAGGAAUGUUUGAGAGUUGGGACUUUUGAACGGACACCUUGAGCUUUCUGUUGUAUAGUUUUAUCGCAGUCUCUCAUGGCUGGUCAGGAAAUGUGCUGGUGAAAUGCUUCAAUAAUGUCUCUCUUUUCAGUAUGUGCUCCUAACACUAUUGUCUGCUGGGAAUUGUUGGGAUAUUGACCUAAAAGCAAAAUCUAUACUGUCUUUUAAUUUUAAGCCUCCAGCAUUCUAUUUUGUUAAUUGUUCAAAUAAAGGAUUGUGCAAAAAGCA